AUGAGCCAUCGUUCCGUGACAUACAGCCCUCCGGCAGGGCCUCCAAACACAGCUAAUACCCAUACCACAGUAACAAGGGGUCUGGUUGUGACUCAAGAAAGAGAUAAGGAGCAGGAGCAAAGACUCGCUAGAGCCCUGGAAAUAAUAUCCGCUUCAAUGCUACCACCUCAGCACACCAUCGACCAAAUCCGGAAAAGGAUAUACUCAUAUCUAUUAGGACAUAAACAAGAAGAAGCUCCGCGUAUAAGUGAAAUCAAGGACAUACCACGCUGGAAAAGAGUUGUCCUCUAUCUUAUGGGUCCUCCAUUGGACAGGCUCAGAUCAUUUUCUCAGUACAUCAUUCUGCAAAUACACAUACUAUACAACGUGACACUGAUGAUGGUGUCAAUUGUGUCGACGCCGCCGUUGAUAUUCUACGUGGUUGGAUUUGUGCUAUUCUGGGCGAAAGUGGUGUACGAGAUGUACAGAGACGUCGUUCACAGAGACGAUCAGUUCCACACGUCAUUUCUCAGUCGCGAGCUGGCCUUGAUGGCCACUCUUUCAGCAUCCUAUGGAGUUGUCAUGAAGUUCAAGACUGAAGCAGGUAUCAUCACAGAGGCAUGGUGGUCUACUUUGACAUAG